AUGGCUGCUGGCAGCAGCUCCAUUGAGAUCACGGUGCUGAACCUGGGAGGAGGUGAGAUUGCGAAGCUGACUGCCGAGCCCGAGGUUACGAUGAAGGCACUGAAGGAGGAGCUUGCGCGCAAGACCGGACUGUCGGCGUUACGGCAGUCUCUGACGUACGACGACCGCACGUUGGAAGACACUGAAACUGGCACGGCCCUGGCAUGGAGUGGAGCUGUCUCGAUCUACAUGAUUGCCAAAAGUGUGGAUCUGGAUGGCCAUAUUACUUGCCUCCGGCGAGAAGAGGAGCCCGAUGAGAAGGUUGGACUGCCGGAGAAGGAGAUCCGGAUCCUUUGUGAUCUCGUGGAGGAUAUCUUCAUGAGGGAGCCUGUUCUCAUGGAGCUGGAGCCACCCCUGGUCGUUGGUGGUACCCUGGCCUCGUCCGUCAGCCAACUGAACAAGAUCAUCGAGAGGUGUGGCGAGCCAGGAGAAGUGCAAUACCUCUUUCUUGGCAACUACGUUAGCCGAGGUCGAAACCAAUUUCAAGGGGUGGAUCUUCUGACCCUUCUGUAUUGUUUUAAGUGCCGGCAGCCGGACAAGGUGUUCCUACUCCGCGGCAAGCAGGAAUCUGCAAGCAUCAGUCGAAUUUACGGCUUCUACGACGAGUGCAAACGCCGAUACAAUGUGAAAUUGUGGAAGCGACUCACUCAAACCAUGAACUGCAUGCCAAUCUGUGCCUUGAUUCGAAGCCGGAUUUUCUGUGUCUCGUCGGGCCUUUCUCCCGAACUUCUCACGCUGGAUCAGCUCAACAAGAUCGAUCGCCCCACAGAAGUCCCUGACAUGGGGCUUCUCUGCGACCUCUUGUGGGCGGAUCCAGAGACUGGUUUGAGAGGAUGGGCGGAAAUGGACAAAGGUGUCUCGUAUAUUUUUGGGGAGGACAUCGUGCACAAUUUCAUGGAACGGAACAGUCUGGACUUGAUCUGCCGAACGAGUCAAGUGGUUGAAAAUGGCUAUGAGUAUUUUGCGGAUCAAAAGCUUGUGACUCUGUUCAGCUGCGCCGACUACGUCGGCGAGUUCGACAACACAGCUGCUGUCAUGCUCGUGGAUGCAAAGAUGCAACACACCUUCGUGACCUACCGUUGA